GAAUCGGAUGGCAGUUUGGUGCUGACUUGGCCGGUGGCCGAAAUGGCUCGUGCUCGGCUCGAUGAUAUCUGGGAAAAUAUCGUGGGCGCAGACAGUUCUUUGCAUUUACGCGUUGAUCCUCAAAGCAAAUUAAGCAGUAAUGCGUGGCAGGAACAAUCAAAACGUUUCGAGCGACAACGAUAUGAGCGUGAUCCGUUAACAGUACCGAAACUGAGACAUGGUGCCUGCUACAAGAUAAAUGGUUUACAUAAUUUCGCUUUAGCUAAUCUCGCUGGGAACACAUGGACCAUGUAUCAUUGUGUUGCUUACACAUGGAACCCAACAACAAGCGAAAACGAUUUGCAUUGUACAUACAUGGUAGAAAAUGACUCUCUCAGGGCAGGAGCAAACAGAUCAGGCUCAAUGGGCCAAGAUAUCCCUAGCAAAGAGGGUACCGAAUCGACGGUACAAAUUACUGAUCUUAAAAAUAGUAAACGAUGUUUUGGCGAGCUGAUGCUGUCGAACGAUACUCUUGGAAGAUUCAUGAAGUUUUCGUAA